UAGCUCAGGCUGUUAUUAAUUUUGUAUUCGAAAAUCGAAAUAUUAAAACAAUUCACGAGGCACAUAAACUUAUUAUAUUCGGUAGUCCACAGAGAAUGACAGCUGAAAACGAAAGAGAAAUAUACCACAAAUUGGAAGCAAUGAAAGAAAUCAGAAAUAAGACGAUCACGCUGGAACGACUAAAGCGAAGUAUUUUAAAUGAAGUCCGUAGUGGAGACCAAGAAGGAAGAUGCCUGGCUCAGUACAAACGUGAGAUGGAGAUGCUACAACAGGAGAAGAUGAGUCACGUUGAGGAGCUACGUCAGAUACAUGCCGAUAUUAACGCCAUGGAGACAGUAAUAAAGCAGACCGAAGAGAGCAUGUCUCGUAAGCUAAGCACGGCGUCACGUUUGCACGAGGAUUACAGACCAUUGAAGGCUGAAGUUGACCUAUUGCGACGUCAGUGUCUGGGCCUCGACCGCCUCCCUGACUUGCAUGAGGAAGAAGGCAGUCCCAUAACUCCUGAUCGUUUUCCUGCGGGUCCAGUACGUGCGCCUCCGUUUGUGGCGCCAGCACCGCGCAAGCCUCCGCCUCCGCCGCCCGCCUUUAGGUCUGCUCUUCAACAAGAUUUCCUUACAGUCUCUCUCAGGCAACAACCUCCUCCAAUGAAGUCGUGUCUGUCAUGCCAUCAACAAAUUCACCGUAAUGCCCCUAUCUGUCCACUCUGCAAAGCUAAAAGUCGCUCACGCAAUCCCAAGAAGCCGAAAAAAAAAUAGUCUCUGUACACCAGCCCUCUGCCAAAUAUUAUGUAACCAUGACUGCCCUUUACUAUGAUGUUUUGUUGUUACUCAUUUAAGGUAAUAUGACUUCAUAUCUAAGGUAACAUUACUCUCAGUAAUGUAAUAAUGUAUAGUCAAGAAAAUCAUUUCUCUGAAUUUACCAAUUGUAGAUAAUUCACGCAGAUAAUUAAGUGUGCACAAAUAAUUGUUGUUCUAUUAUUUGAUUAAAAUUAAGAUUGCAUUAGGAUUAAGAUAAUAAUCGUAUUUGUGUAUUUAUAAAAUAAUUUUGAAAAUUAGUCAAUAAGGAUUUGUUUGUAAUAAAACCUAUCACUCGUAAUAAAACACCUGCUUGAUUAACUUAAUUAUUAAACGAUUAGUUAACAUUUUUUCUGUGUCAAUUUAAAGAAAUUGCGAAAUAGUAUGAAUAUUUCAUUAAAUUUAUCUUAGCUUAGUAUAUUUCUUAAUUAUUAUCUAAGGGUUUGUUUUUAAUUUAUAGUGAGUGAAGUGUCAUUAAAUUCUAGUCUUUGUAUGUUAAAAAUAUGAAGAAAGUGGAUCGCCUAAAUGUCAAAGGGUCUCCAAUGUAAAUACCUAAAUGUGAAUAAUUUAUAAUAAAUUUAAUCUAUAUAUAUGAGUG